CUGCCUUCCCCCAGUUCCAACUGUUGUGUUGCACCGGGGUUCUGUCUCAGUCUGGGCAGAGCCCCCCUUUACUGAACAGCCCUCCGAAUUUUGUUACAGUCAGAGUCUGGCGAAAUUGAUCUUUGCCUUCCCACCACACACAAAGGCAAGGAGCUCCUUAAAGGGACCUGCCUGCUCCGCGUGCAUCUGCCAAACCGUGUCAGUGCGGGCUCAGCAACCCAUCGCCCGGCUGUGGCCAAAGAAUGAGCGGGGAGGGGUCCUGAGGAGCCCUCACGUCCUCCCGGCGCGGGGGAGGGAGGGAAGCCGACCGCCCGAGUGGACUGAGACCACCGCUCCCCGGGGACCGGCUCGUGAUUAGCUGCUUCUUGGGAUGCUGGGCGCGCCAGUGGAGCACCGAGCCUGUGGUCCGGAGGGUGCUGGAGGCACAUCCUGCGGUAUGCCUGCGUGGAUCUGAGCCAUCGUCCAGAGGCGAACCCGCAUUCAGACACCGCGGACCGGCUACCCGCAGGUCUGCGUGCAGUCGUGAAUGCUCAGCUCUAGGCUUCUGAAAAAGCCUCCCGACUACAUAGAUUUGGCUGUGUAAGCAGCCGAGAUUACUGCCCAGGAAGAUCUGCGAGCCUCAUCCGCUCGCCAGCUGCUGGGACAACUUCAGGGCUGGCUGUUUACUUCUCUCGGUCCCCGGGACUCUGUCCUGCACCGCAGCCACUCCUGCCGCGUUCCCGGCUCUGAAGUCAGCCGCGAGGACUCCUCUGACGGCAUCCCUAGGAAGGGGGUUGCAAGGAGGCGUUAAAAGAAGAGCAGAAUCCCCCCAACUGCUAGACCUCUCGUGACUGCUGUGUUCUGGGUUCUGAGAGGGACUGUACGUUCCCCGGGGGAAGCAAUGCAAGUCUCCAUAGCCUGCACAGAGCACAAUUUGAAGGGUCGGAAUGGUGAGGACCGACUUCUGAGCAAGCAGAGCUCCACCGCCCCCAAUGUGGUGAACGCAGCCCGGGCCAGAUUCCGCACGGUCGCUAUCAUCGCGCGCAGCCUGGGGACCUUCACCCCUCAACAUCACAUUUCUCUCAAGGAGUCCACCGCAAAGCAGACUGGCAUGAAAUAUAGGAAUCUUGGAAAAUCAGGACUGAGAGUUUCUUGCUUGGGUCUAGGAACAUGGGUGACAUUUGGAGGUCAAAUUUCAGAUGAGGUUGCUGAACGGCUGAUGACAAUCGCUUAUGAAAGUGGAGUCAAUCUCUUUGAUACUGCAGAGGUCUAUGCAGCUGGAAAGGCUGAAGUGAUAUUAGGAAGCAUCAUCAAGAAGAAAGGCUGGAGGAGGUCCAGCCUGGUCAUAACAACCAAACUCUACUGGGGUGGAAAAGCUGAAACAGAAAGGGGGUUGUCAAGAAAACAUAUUAUUGAAGGAUUGAAGGGCUCCCUCCAGAGGCUGCAGCUUGAGUAUGUGGAUGUCGUCUUUGCAAAUCGACCAGACAGUAACACUCCCAUGGAAGAAAUUGUCCGAGCCAUGACACACGUGAUAAACCAAGGAAUGGCGAUGUACUGGGGCACCUCGCGGUGGAGUGCUAUGGAGAUCAUGGAAGCCUAUUCUGUAGCAAGACAAUUCAAUAUGAUCCCACCAGUCUGCGAACAAGCUGAGUACCAUCUUUUCCAGAGAGAGAAGGUGGAGGUUCAGCUCCCGGAGCUCUACCACAAAAUAGGAGUUGGAGCAAUGACGUGGUCUCCGCUUGCCUGUGGAAUCAUCUCAGGGAAAUAUGGAAAUGGAGUGCCUGAAAGUUCCAGGGCGUCGCUAAAGUGCUACCAGUGGUUGAAGGAAAGAAUUGUAAGUGAAGAAGGGAGAAAACAGCAGAACAAGCUAAAAGACCUUUCACCCAUUGCUGAGCGUCUGGGAUGCACAUUACCUCAGCUCGCUGUUGCGUGGUGCCUGAGAAACGAGGGUGUGAGCUCUGUGCUCCUUGGAUCUUCUACUCCUGAACAGCUCAUUGAAAACCUUGGUGCCAUUCAGGUUCUCCCAAAGGUGACAUCACACGUGGUAAAUGAGAUUGAUAACAUAUUGCGCAAUAAGCCCUACAGCAAAAAGGACUACAGAUCAUAAGGCAAUGCAUGAGCCACAGGAGCUGCAUGGUUGAAAUAGCUGUCUGUACCCAGUACAGAACGGUGUUAUAAGCCAGUCUUUCGAAUCACUUAGCAGUCUGCUGCUCAACCUCUAGUGUCCCCGGAUUCUCUGAGGUAUCUGCUGUCGCUACCACUGUGCACCUAAAUUAAGCGCACAUCUGAAAAAUCAAAACCAAGAAAAUCCAUCUAUUUUCUUAUCUUGGACUGGAGUCACCUAUUCUUGCAUUGCUCUGUACACCACCUCAUGCUUAUGCAAUGGAAAGUAUAUAGGGAGAAGAGAUGUUAUUACCUUCAGGCAUUUGGUAACUUAAAGAUGGCUGUACAGAUGUAUUUUCUCAAAAACACAAUCCACAGGCACAAUGUGGAGGUAUAAUAAACAAAACCAGAAACAGAAUAUCGUGCUUGGGAAAAUAAGCAGAAACAAUCUUACAUGGUUUUUUUUUUCCAUUUUUACACUCAUGUUAGCAAGAAUUUUGUUUCACUUAUCAUUCAAUAGCACUAAAAUUCCAGGGUAUUUGCUUUUGUUACCUUUUAAAUAUUCAGUUGCCUGACCGCAAGAAUGGCCCUGUACAGUAAUUUAUCCAGGUUAUCUAUUAAGAUUCUAAUAAUGCUAUGUCCAUUUACAUGUAGAGAUGGCAAAAGGAUGAAUAUCCCAAACUUUGAGUAAAGAUGUUAUGGGAGGUUUACACUAGUAUGGAAACUUAGCUUUAAAUAAAUUGUAGAGCAAUGUAUCUGCAAUGGACUACACAUUUUUGACUAUAUUUUAUUAAAAACCACUUUACACUUUUGACUGCUUGUAGGUACAGCUUCUGCAAGUUUAAAUAUUUGAGCUUUAAAAUCAAAUAUACAAACACUAAGUUUUGUAAGUAAACCUGUAAAAUACUCAGAAAGGCAAAUAUUUGCUUUUUAAUUAGCACUGGGAUUUUACAAUAUGCUUGGUAUUUUUGAGGAGUCAUUAACAUGAAAGUAAAUGAUGGGCUUUGUGAAAAAUGCUGUUACUACUCAGCACAUGCCAGGUGAAAUAACUUGCUCAGUUAAAGGCAAAUGGUCAAGAACUUCCUAAUUCUAUAAUCAUAUUAUAUACACUAAACUAUCUGCAUGAAAGCUCUUUGCAUGGAUUAAAGGGGCUUAGCCUUGCUGUAUUCAAAAUCUGAGGUAUAUGUAUCCCUGCCACUACUGACUACCUACCCUAAUGAAUAUUCAACUUGAGAAGAAUUAUGAGAAUGUAUUGUGCCUAUUCCUACUUGUAAGAAAGGAGAAAAUGUGUUUUCACUUUUUUUGUUGAGAAGGGGGGGGUUCUCUUUUGGGGGCGCUAGGGUCCUUUAACUUUUUUUGGACAUCCUGAGGAUGUACAAAGUUCUAAUUUAAUUUUCAGACCAGCAGGUCCCCCCAUAUGGAAAUCACUUUUUGAGAUUUACAGAAGAAAUACACUAUCAGCUUAAAAUGCUAUUUUCUGCCAUCAUUCCCAGAUAUGUAUUUCACAGUUAAGUUAUAAAUCUUAACACGUUAGUGUGCAACAAAUUUUCUUUUUGAUUACUACUAUCUGUAUUCUAUAGGGAAACUGUUUUGUUUAGCUUAAGAGUAUCAGAUUAAUGAUGGAAAAGGAUCACUUUUCAGUUAUUAAAUAUGUAUUCAAUCCAGUGAAUUACUGUAAGUAUAAAUGAGCUGAGGUGCUGCGUAAUUGACACUGCAAUUUAUCUGAUUUAUGUGCUUGGAGGAAUAAAAGCAUUUUGUGCAUUUAA